AUGAGAUAUAAGACCCUGGAGAGCGCCGACAUAUGUUCCCAAAUACCUCCGUCGCAACUGGGGAAGGCCCUGUCGUGUUGUGAAGGGCUCUCCAUUGACGUAGCUGGGGACAGACACCAGCAGGUCCCUGAAGCAGCCAAACUGUCAGACUGUUGCAAACUCAUGCUCGCUGGUGGCUCGUGGCUCGUGGCUCUUCUCGCUCUUCAUUUCCAGCCAGGCUUUUGA